CCAACAAAGAACAGGACAGCCCCCCUACAAACAGACUUAUCCAGCCCAGAAUGUCGGUAGUGCUCCCCGUGAGAAAUCCGGGCACAUGUCUUACCCAAAAGGAAGUGAGUAUGAAGCAAAUUGCAUAAACUUAAAGUACUGCAGAGAUGAAACCCAAAGCAGGAAGAGACAUGCCACCCAUGUCCUGGACAGGAACACACCGUGUCAUGUGAAGAGACAUGACAAAAACAGCUCUCUUUAAAUUACUUUUGGCAAUAGUGAUCGCGUUCAUUUUACUUUUGCCCGAAUAUUUUAAGACACCGAAAGGAAAUGUAUUGGAGCUCUCAUGUCUGGAAGUAUGUUUACAACCUAGUUUCAACUAUUCACUCCGCUCUUUGAAUUUUUCUUUUGUGACUUUUCUGAAACCAGUAAGAGAAACUCAGACUAUUAUGGGACUCUUUCUAAAUCAUUCCAACUUUCAAAACUUCACCAGGAUUUGCCAAGGCUUCACAAGUGAAUUUAAAAUGUGCUCAUGUUUGGCUUGUGAGUCCAAAAAAAGCAUGGAUUUUAUUUUUCAGGAACAAACAUCAAAAGUUCUUAUCAUGAAAGGAUCAACAGAAGUGAAGGCAAACGAUGUUCGUUCACCUUGUCGACAUUUUAACUUCUCUGUAGCUCCUACAGUCGAUCCCUUGGAUGAGUAUAACAUGACUUGUAAUCUAAAGACCCGUGUGAGAAGGCCAGCAAUCAUUGAGGAAGAUCCGCUCAGGGAAAAGUCUAUGAACCAUACUUGUAGGACUAUGGAAUUCCUGAAUAAUUGUACACACAUUUCUCUGCACCUAGAAAUGGAUGUCAAAAAUUUCACUUGUUCCAUGAAGAUCACUUGGUAUGUUUUAGUUCUAGUUGUUUUCAUAUUUUUUCUCAUCCUCACUCUCCACAAAAUACUUGAAAGCCAGAGAAGAAUGUGGAAAUGGCAGAGUCAUAAAUACAAACCUACUUCUGAUCUCCUAAGAGGACAGGAUUCUGAGAAACUGCGGACCUUGAACGUGCGGGUUAUUUCAGUUUUAACUUUCCAAUUCCAUUACCAAGUAGAGCUGAGCAAGUAGUUUGGGAAAUACAAAUAUAAAAAAUUGAUGGGGCAAAUUCUCCAAGCAACCAAGAGAUCCUGGCCAGGAUGAGGAGGUUUUAGAUGUAUCUUCCCUGUGGGAGAUGCCUCUUGUCUUUGACAUGAAAAUCAUCGGGAACAAAGGGAAGAAAACACCUUCAAGUUUCCGUGACUCAGUGGGAAUCAAGAAUUCCUUUGGAAGGAUGAACUGAGGUUAGCUGCCAAAUGUCAUAGAGAUAAGACACUUUUGAACAGUGAUAGAGAUACAAAAAGAAGAAGAAGAAGAAGAAAGAAGAAGAGGAAGAAGAAAAAGAAGAAGAAAAAGUAAUACCAGAGGGCAAUCUGGACCAUGUCAUGGGCAUUGUGAUGGGAGUUUAUUCAAGGACAUAAGUCAUGGGGUUUUAUUUUUAAUCAAAGUUUCUACUGCUGGAAAUUUAUUUUGUUCACCAGAUUCAGCCAGGUCAAAACUCAUCCUGAGGUUCUUUUUAAUUUUUUAGUCUCUUCUGAGGUUCCUGAAAGAAAGUCAAAGAAAUGUUUCUUUCCGACCUUUGACAAAUUCAUGAAUAGACUUCUGUGAAGAUUUAAAACAUUCCUGACUGCUUCUGCUGCCGUAGCUAAUGCUGGUGAAUGAAUAUUAUUUGAAACAAAUUCUAUUUCCCAGUGUAGAACUAGAAAAAUAUCCCACCCAUCUAAGCUAUUCUGAAAAAGGCAUUAAAAUGACAUAUAUCCCACCUUUUUGCCUUUUUAUCAAUUUUUCAGAAGUUUUCCUAUUAGCAUAUAAGUUACAAGUCCUUGGAUACUAGGAGAAGCAGAAUAUAAUGUACCGCUAGAGAGUUAUUUUGGACUAGCCAUCAUUUUGACAGAUAACAGCUUUCUGUAGUAAAUUAUGGUUAUAUACCAUAUUAUACAACGUCAGCAAACCAAAUGAAUUAGCAAAUGAUGAGCAGUUUAGCUUUCCGACCAGAAGAGCACUGCUAAUUUUCUUUGGUAAUUAUUUAAUUUCGUGAAUAGGUUCUUUUGAUAUUUUAGCUUUAAAAAGCACUGUCUCCAGAUCUCAAAUUCUGGACAUGAUAAGACACGUUGUCAAAAAUUGUCUAAGCAAUUAUCUGCAUGGCUAGUUCAUUCUGAAGGCUUAAUGUGCAUGAGAAUGGACUGGGAUGUCUAUAGAAUUUUAGGUUCCUGGACCAUUUUCAAGGGAGAUUAUAAUUCAGUAAAUUUGGGACAGGGUCCUAGAACCUACAUUUUAAAAUUAUCUUCUUAUGUUGUGCAGUCCAAGGGUCCAUUGAUGGCUUUAAUUGUUUUCUAUUAUUGUGUGACAAAGUACCACAAAUUUCAGUGCUUAAAAUAACACACCUUUGUUAUUUCAGUUUCUGUGAGUCAGAAAACUGGGCACAGCUUUGCCGCAUCUCAGGGUCUCACACGACUAAAGUCAAGAUGCGAGCUGGCCUGUGUUCUCAUUUGGAGGCUACUCCUAAGCUCCUCUAGGUUGUUGGCAGAAUUAAUUGCUUUGAGGUUGUACCCUAAGGGCCCUGGCUUGCCCUCUGUCCACCAGAAAUUGCCACGGGCCCCAGGGGCUACCUGUGGACUCAGGCUACCUGGCUUUUCCAGAUACAGUUUGUAGCUUGGCAGUUUGGUUCUUUGAAGCCCCACAGGAGAUCUCUCUAACAUCUGGGAGGGCCCAGUCUUCUUUGUAAAGGCUUUUAUCUCAUUAGGUCCGGCACACCCUGAAUGGUCUCUCUUUUCCAUGACUCAACAUCAACUGAUUUGGAAUGUUAAAUACACCUGCAAAAAUCUCAUCUUUGCCAUAUAAUGUAACCCAGUCACAGGAACGAAAUCCCAUUCAUGGUCCUGCCCAUGCUCAAGGGUUGGGGACUACAGGGGACAUUCCACCAGGGUGUGGGAAGCUUGGGGGGAAUGGGGAGCUACCUUAGAGUUCUGCCUACUACACCCACCCUCUGAAAAGCACAGAUUUAGAAGAAUAAAAAUCCCAGGUUCCUAGGAACUUCCAGUGUGAGACAAAUAGGGAUGACAGAACAAGCCUCAUAGAUGUGAUUUGUACUUACUGACAAUAAGGUAAAAAUAAAAAAUGUUGAGGGGAUCCAGCGCAAUGAGGAGGAAAGCAAGGAGACAAGAGCUUUUGUCUAGGUAGAGACUGGUCUCAUUUCUUCAUCAUUGCCUAGCCAGUCAGGAAAGCUUAGAAGGCUAAAUCCUCUGUAAGAAGAAAUUCUAGCUUUGGUGAUUAUUUUAGCAUUUCCGUAGGAAUGGAAGGGUCCUCAGUGUCUGUGGAAAUAGUUCCCAAAAGUCAGCUAUUCCUGCCCAUUAAAGAGUAGUUGCUACUUUUUAAUAUCUCUAAUUAAGAUCAAUAAUUUUCUGGAAAAUUUUCCAAAACCUGAUACCAGAAGAAAUAGAAAAUAUAAACAAAACAAUGAUUGUAGAAGAAAUAGAAAAUUUGUCAGUUAUCCCUCAAAAUGUAUCAGAAAGAACAUUUCAUAGGAACAUUUUUACCAAUCUCCCAAAAAACUGCUAUUUCUAGUGGUAUUUAA